GUUGCCAGGACGGGUGGACGGCGACUACGCUAGGCUCGACGACUUUGUACAGAGAGUAUCGAGAGCCAGCGGUUUUGGCGCUGUCGAGCAGGCCAUCGGCGAGGUCGAUAUGCCGGACGAGGCCCGGAUCAAGUCACAGGUGAUACCUCGCGGAUACACUGACCGGGAACCAGAUCUUGGAGCUGAACCAGCUUAUCCUGUGGGUCGGGUCGGGAUUCAGGGAACCCGAGCUCUGGGAGAUGGAAGCGGUCCUGCAGCAGAGACGCCCGUCCAAAGACCAGUUCUUGACCCUGAGGGAGAAGGUGAUGGGGGUCUACGGAACGCUUUUCGAUCUUAGUCCGGCCGGGACAGUCACUUGGCGCCCUUCGACCGUCCAAGGCUGUAUCCCGGAACGCAGCAACACUACCACUCCCAUAUACUUCAAUGGCGACGCAGCGGUAGCUCUCGACCUCAGGCGUGCCAUCCUGCUCGCCGAGAGGAACCUGAUAAGUAGGAUCCUCGGCGUCGUUGGGCUCAGCAUGCCCGACCUGGCCGGGCCUCAGACGCGUCUCCCGACUACGGAUGAGCUCAGUUUGCCAAUCGGGAAAACGAGCCCUGACAACGCACAUCUCGAAGUUGCCUUAACAUGCUUGAGAAGCUGCAAUAACAACGAAGACGGACUCAUAAGUUACUCGAGGGCCUUUCUGUUCCGCCAUCUGGAAGCAGUUGCCGGCAGCCUAUCGUCAAUCGACAAGAGCCACAAGGAACAACUUGGACCCCUGCUUCACAAUCUCUUUAGGCACGACGAGGCCAUCGACUGCAUGUUUUGGUUCAGUGGCCGCAUGAGCCUCGAUCGAUGGAAUCUAAGAACCGGCAGGGAGCUGGAUGAGGUUCGACGGCGCUGGCUAUACACUCCCGACGGGGUCAUGCUGCUGGAAAAGCUUUUUCAAGACCGAGAUCUGGCGAGCCAGAUUGAAGACGACGUUUUUCAACUAUUCCUAAAAGACGAGGCCGUCGACCGAGGCCGUCAGCGUGUGAAACUCCUCGCGCGUGUCACGGAACGGAUCGCCCGAAACGUUUUUCUCGAGAGGAGUUUAUCGUCGAGGGCACACAACACGGCCGUUCGUUUCCUCACGGGGGUACCUAUCUCACCUUCCCCUCGAAAAAACUUUUCUUGGCGCCCACUGUUAAGCCGACUAACAGUGGGGCCACUAAAGUAGUCGUUCAAUCGGCCAAACCCUGAUAAGAGUGCUAAAACCACACUUUUCGAAAAAAUUUCGCAGUCAUCAACGACUGCACAAUCAAUCGCACGCCUGGCUCUUGAUAGGUGGUAUCACUCUGCAAUACAAUAUACCGCCCUGGGAAGGAUCAAGAAUGCCGCCUGCAUGCUCGGCGCCUUGCAAGCGCGAAAAACAACGCCCGGCAGCCUCCUGUAGAGCCUAGGAGACUGCCAUCCGACCGCUGGCAGCCACGGGCCUCGCCCGGCCAACCACCAGCACAACGGCGGCGAUAU